AUGAACUCUGCCGCGAGUAGGCGAACGAAAAUCCGGCCACCUCGCAAAUCUAUAGGUGUUUCGAACAGUACAUCCAAUGGCCCAUUUGACUACGACUUGUCGUGGCAAGACUUGGCGAAAGCAAUAGAGCAGAUCCAACACAAAAACGUCUCCAGCCUACUGUAUGAGCAGUUGUAUAGAAAAGCCUAUGUGGCAGUGCUUGGAAAAUGCGGCGAGAAAUUGUAUAAAGAUGUCAGUGAGCUCGUGACAAAGCACCUCCUCACCAGAAGAGAGGCAGUGUUGAACUUGCUCAACGGAACAUUCACUAAUACCAACGAAGAGCUAUUGAAGGCGGUAGUGCAGGAAUGGACAGAGCAUUUACAGAUGAUGAAGUUCAUAAGUGACGUCUUAAUGUAUUUGAAUAGAGCGUAUGUCAGGGAGAACAAAAAGCUAUUGACAUAUGACCUUGGCAUUGUGCUAUUUGAUGUCUCGUUUCUACGCUACAACAAUAUGGAGGUCGGCUCCAGAUUAAUAUCAACUGUCGUCGAUGAAAUCUCAAAAUCUCGCAGUGGCCAGGUCAUUAAAACAAAACUGUAUCUUGCGCAAGUGAUUGCCAUGCUAGAGAUCCUUCUGGAAGACAGAGUCGGUACCAAUUUAUCUGUUCCCAGCGCACAGGGACGGUCAAGCUUGUACCAUGAUGAGUUUGAGUUCCAGUUGUUGAGCGCUUCGGAAUCGUACUUCUCUGAGUUGGCGAACAAUUACAUGAGUGCCGCAAAUGGUACUAAAUAUCUCCACGAUGUACAACUAUUUAUAAAAGAUGAAGAGUUUCGUCUCCGCAGUUUACUUCCGAGACAAGAGAGUUCCGAGGCUAUCACUCAUUCUGAUACAUUCUCCAAGGUAAAGUCCAUCAUGGACAAUACUCUAAUCAAAAAUUACAUCGACCGCGUCAUAACAUACCCCAACGAAAACCAAGGUCUUCUGUUUUGGUUGGAACCUUUGCUUGUUGCAUCGUGCGACGCUGCUAUGAGCCCUACUAUGUUCGUUGGCUUCUCCAGAGACAACAUCAAAGAACUCCAGACCCUAUACACCUUGGUAGGACGAAUAGAUGCUGACAGGAAUUUAUUGAAGUACCACCUUCGUGAAACAAUCGUUGCUCAGGGGUCGCGGCUCACAACGUUAAUCACUUCCCAUCUUGAGCAGGUGUCUGCUGCCAAUGCUACAGCAGGAUCGAAAAAGCUGUCAUCCGGCGUGAAUUCCUCUAGCUUCGCGGUAUUGUGGGUUUCUAUAAUUCUUGAUUAUCAUAGAAGACUACUAAAUGUGGUUCAAAAUGCAUUUGAAGGCGAUCCCUCCGUCAGCCAAACAAUCUACGGCGCUGUCAGAGAGUUCGUAAACGCUUCAAACCAGGGCCCGAGCAAGAGAGGAUCAUUAUCGCCAUCUACAAAUGCCCCGGAGUUGUUGUCAAUCUUUAUGGAUCAUCAUAUCAAAAGUCUAUCCAAGUCGAUUGGGUCAAGUAAGCUUGCGACAGAUACAAAUGUAAGUGUUGACGAGUUGGAGGACUUCAUCACGAAGUCCAUCUCUUUCUUGACCCUCAUCAAGGACAAGGAUGCAUUCGAGGCUCAUUAUGCUGCACAUUUCGCUAAGAGAUUUUUAAGCGCCAAAAGCUCUCAUAGUGUUAGCUGGGGCUUGGCAGGAACUGAUCUUGAAGAACUAAUAAUUGCGAAACUUGGAGACGAGAUGGGCAGAGGAGGAUCUUCUUUUGAGAAAAUUGUGAAGAUGAGGAGAGAUGUCAAGCUGUCACACGAUUUAACAAGUGAAUGGAAGAGCCAUGUUUCUCAAAACAAGCUUGACCUUGUUGAACUUGAGUUGAAGAUUUGCAAUCUCUCUGAAUGGCCUAAAUCCAUGACCAAAGACUACAAGAAUUUCUCCAAUCAAGACGGUGAGAUUGGCUUCAUUUGGCCGUCUGUUCUACGAAAAACGAUGCGAACAUUCGAGGAGUACUGGUUAAGCGAAAAGAAGAACGACAAUAAGACCUUGUAUUGGAGUCCGAAGUUCGGCCUGAUCGACAUGAUAAUCACAUACCCAACCAAAACAUAUGACAUCAACCUCUCAACACUAGCUGGUGUCAUCAUGCUUUUGUUUGCCCCACUGUCUACCGAUGCACUGGGAGAGCCAGUUCUGGCUUUCGCCGAAAAACGAGUUCUCAAAUACGAAGAAAUCAGGGACCUCACAAAGAUAGCCGAGCCAGAGCUCAAGAGACAGUUGCAAUCUAUCGCAGUUGCACCAAGACUGCGACUUUUAGUCAAAUCGCCCAUGACAAAAGAGGUCAACGAAGGGGAUGAAUUUCGUCUUAAUGAGAAAUUUAAGUCGCCCACCUCGAAAGUGAGGGUUCUUACUGUUUCUUCCUCAUCCAGUAGAGCCGAGAGCACAAAGGCAGAGAAACAGGAUGAAGAGAAGGAAGUGAGAGGGAACAUCGAGGAAGGACGCAAGCAAUUGCUCAAUGCAGCCAUUGUGCGGGUAAUGAAAUCACGUCAAACGCUUUCACACAAUGAACUUAUUGAGGAACUCUUGAAGCAGCUCCAGAACCGAUUCGAGCCUCUGAUGACAGUCAUCAAAAGACGGAUAGAAGAUCUCAUAGACAAGGAAUAUUUGAAACGAGACGAUCUGGAACACAGUGUGUACCACUACAUAGCAUAG